AUGAAGGUUGCUUCUGCUGUCACUCUCGCGUCUAUCCUGACUGCUGCUCAGGCAUGGCACGUCAAGGCUCCCGCUGCCGUCCAGGCUCGCCACUUUGGCACCUCUAUUCCCAUUCCUCCUCCUGGAGAGAUCACUUCCAGCAUCCCUCUGAUCGGCCCUUCUCGGACUCCUAUGGCAUCUUCUACUCCCUGUGAUGAGAAGUCGUCUACUGCUCAGUCAUCUGCCACUCAGUCAUCUACUUACACGUCGAUCCCGGUUUCUAUCCCGACUGCGCCUGGCUCUUCGAUGCCUAUUCCCAGCUCUUCUGCUGUGCCGAGCUCUUCGGUGCCCGUCUUCUCCGUGCCUGUCUCUACCCCGGUCUCUUCUCCCGCUGGUAGCUCUUCCAUUGCUACUUCGUCUCAGACUACCAGCAUGGCCUCUUCUAUCACCAGCACUCCCCCCAUGAUGACUACCUCCACUAUCUACACUACCAGUGAGAUCACCGUCAUCAGCUGUGCUUCCACCGUUACCAACUGUCCUGCGGACUCUACUACCGUGGUCACUUCGACUAUUCCGAUUACUACCACCGUCUGCCCGGUUACCGAGACUCCAUCGUCCAGCGCUCCUGCUCAGGAUUCGACCGUUACUGAAACUACUUACGAGACUACCACCAUUUGCCCCGUCACUGAGACCAUGACCUCUGGUACCAACACCAUGACUACCACCUGGAGCUCUGUUUCAACGAUGACUGUGACUGUUCCUAUUCCCACCGGCCCGGCUGCCACUGGUGUUACCUCUGCUCCUUCUUCGCCUGCUGCCACUUCCGUUCCCCAGGAGUCGACUGUCACUGACAUCACCUACGAGACCACUACCAUCUGCCCCGUCACUGAGACCAUGACUUCCGGUACUAACACCUUCACCACUACCUGGAGCUCUGUUUCGACUGUGACCAUGACCGGUCCUGCUCCUACCGGCCCUGCUGCCACUGGUGUUACCUCUGCUCCUUCUUCGCCUGCUGCCACUUCCGUUCCCCAGGAGUCGACUGUCACUGAAAUCACCUACGAGACCACCACUAUCUGCCCCGUCACUGAGACUAUGACUUCCGGUACUAACACCUUCACCACUACCUGGAGCUCUGUUUCCACUAUGACCGUUACUGGCCCUGCCCCCAGUGCCACUGAGACUGAGAGUACCUCCGCCAUUGUUCCUACGAUGACCGGCUCCGCUACUGAGUCUACCGUUGCUCCCUCCGGUGUUGCUCCCUCUGGCGUUGCUCCCUCUGGCGUUGCUCCCUCUGGCGUUGCCCCCUCUGGCGUUGCUCCCUCCGGUGUUGCUCCCUCCGGUGUUGCUCCCUUCAGCAGUGUCCCAUCCGGCACCUCCCCCGUCGGUAACACAAGCAUCCCCGUUGGUCCCAUCGCCUCUUCCACCAUGAUGAGCACCAGCCUGCCCAAGCCCACCACCGCCCCUGCGGCCAGUGCGACCCCCGCCUUCAACGCUGCUUCUCCUCUGGCCGUCUCUUCCGGCCUCGGCCUGGCCUCUGUUGCGGCCCUCUUCGCCCUCGUGCUGUAG